AGAAGUUUUACACCACCACAGCUCUCCACAAAACUAGAAAACUACUCAAAGCUUUCAGAAUAUUAGUAUUUCUUCUUUUCAUCGUUUGCUCAUCUUAAAGAAAAAAUCAUGGCUAUCCGUGUUCCUCGUAUAAUCAAGAAGUCCUCAACAUCCCUUGAUGUUCCCAAGGGCUAUUUUGCUGUUUAUGUUGGGGAGAAGCAGAGGAAGAGAUUUGUAAUUCCCAUAGCAUAUUUGAGCCAGCCUUUAUUUCAAGAUUUGCUUAGUCAAGCUGAGGAAGAAUUUGGCUUCAAUCAUCCUAUGGGUGGUGUCACAAUUCCCUGCUCAGAGGACAUCUUCAUUGGAAUCACUUCUCAGUUUAGGAUUUAAGAAUAUAGUUGAGAUCUUUUUUUUAGGUCUCACAAUUUUGUAUAUCAUAUUAGGAGAUCGGCUCUUGUACAGUUGAUUAGUUAGGAUCUCAAUGAGGCAUAGCACCACAAACAUUGGUUCUUUUGACUCGCAAAGACUAAUUCAAAGAAUACAUAUACCACAUCCAUUUUUCUCACUUAAUGUGUCCAAACGAAAUUUAUCUUGAAAUUCUGAAUAAUUCAGCUUCUACACGUUUCUAUGAUAUAGUGUUGACACUACAAAUAACUUUUACACUAUGAGUGUAUUUUAACUGGUUAUAUAGCAGAUUAUUUCGUUGAUCUUGUAUUUUCCAAGUUAGGAUUACUAUAGAAAGUCUCAUGACUUUAACCUGAUGGACAAUGGUUUAA